UACAGCAUUCUUUAGAAGAAGAAAAACACAUUAUCAGCUUGUCAACUAACUCAUAUGUUGAGCUGGGUAAGGAGCCAACUUAAAAAACAACGUAGAACACCUAAGAUAUCCUCGCCAUGAUUAGAAUAGAACGAUUAAUGGAUGCCCAUGGCAAACGCAACGGCAUAAACAUUGUUGUUCUCUGAAGGGCCUUCCAAAGGAUUCAGGAAAACCGGAGAUGACCGUUCACAACCUGUACAUCUUCGACCGGAAUGGCACAUGCCUCCAUUACAGCGAAUGGAACAGGAAAAAGCAGGCGGGCAUCUCCAAGGAGGAGGAGUUUAAGCUGAUGUAUGGGAUGCUGUUUUCCAUUCGAUCUUUUGUCAGUAAGAUGUCUCCAUUGGACAUGAAGGAUGGCUUUGUGUCCUUCCAGACAAGUCGCUAUAAGCUGCACUACUAUGAGACACCCACUGGCAUCAAGAUCAUCAUGAACACAGACCUCGGUGUGCCCAACUGCAGAGACAUCCUGCACCAGAUAUACAGCACGCUAUAUGUCGAGUACAUCAUCAAGAACCCACUGUGUGUGUUGGGAGACACUCUGCAAAGCGAGCUCUUCAACAGCCGACUUGACUCCUUUGUCCGCGCCCUUCCCUUCUUCAGUGCCCGUGCCGCCUAGACCUGACCCAAGAUUAUCUUAAACAGUUGGGCAUCCUGCUGUGCACUUCUUUCCGGCCCACAUCACACACUGAUCCCAGCACAGCUACAAAUGUAAAGGUUACGCCAUGCCCUACAGACUAACUGCAACAGAACAUCAAAGUAGAUUGCAUACAAAUAUCACAAUGGCAAUAUGUAUGGUGCUAUGAUGAAGUGGUUAAAUAUUAAAAUUAUAAUCUAUGCCUA